AUGAUUGAUACAAUUAGUGAAUUUGAUAACGUUUCCCUUAAUGGAGGGAGGAAUUUCAGCUGGGUAUUCCUGUUAGAUUGGAUCCUUGUCGUGAUCCUAUGUUUAACUGUAAUUUUUUAUUUAAACAGAGCAUUUGCAUAUAUCAUAAAUUUGGCAUUAGAAUGGAUUGUAUGGAAACAUUUUAAAGUCAAAAUAAAUCUAGAAUCAGUACGGUUCUCCUUAUUAGGUGGCCGUGUAUUUUUUAAAAACUUGACAAUAAUAGAAAAGGAUCAGACAAUAUCGUUUCUCCAGGGUUGUAUAACGUGGCGAUAUUGGAUUUUUAGAACAAGACAAUCAGAAUUUGCAGAUGGGUCCAAAGAUUCAGAUGAGACAGAACAAGCAAAAUCUACAAAUUGGAAGCUACCGUGUAGGUUUUUAAUUGAAUGUAAUGGUGUUGAGUUAUUCGUCUACAAUAGGAAGGUGUCAUAUGAUAAUAUUAUAAAUCUCUUUUCUAAGGAAGAAAAAGUGAAAUUCUCAAAUUUCCUCUCAGAGAAUAAUUUUAGUGAUUAUUGUACAGAUUGCAAUGACUAUACAAGCUCUGGAAAUUCCGAUCAAAAGGAAGCAUUUAACUCCACUAGUAACAGCACUAGCGACGAAACAAAAAUUGAGGAAGAUGUAGAGCACUCUAGUGACCUUCCUGACGAUUCCAUAGAGUCCACAACACAUAAUGACAGAAUUUUUAGUCAACCUGGGAAAAAAUUAAAUUCAUAUUCUUUUUUAAAGUUCUUACCAAUAGAACUGAAAUUAAAACAUCUCUCUGUUGUUUUAGGGAAUAAAUUUACACCAUCACUGAUUGUAUUUAGUGCUGAUAGUGGUUGUGGUAGUGUUGAUUAUAGACUUCCUGAUUCGAAAUUAGAUGUUUUCACCAUGAGUUAUAAAUUACAAUUUAAGAACUUGAUAGUUGCGAUGAAACCAAAUAUUGGAUAUAAUGAAGAAGUUUCUAUUAAAUUUAAGUUAAAUAGAGGGAAACUGUCAAAACUUUGGAAAAGAUUUACUGUAAUAUCUGGAUUGAUUACUAGACCUUUGGGUUUAACUCACAAGAAAAACAAGAAUGAAGUGACAGAUGCCAUCUUUUUUCAAAAGUGGCAAGGUUUGUCGUUAUAUAAAGGUACCGGAAGAGACAGUAUAAAUAAUGAACUUGAUGAUAUUGAAUUCGAUUUUACAAGUCACGAAUAUGCAAAAUCAUCAACCAUAGUAAAGUCGCCAAAUGUUGACGUCACCUACGAAAUGGCAAUCCCGGGUCUGGUACCUCAUGGAGCUCAUAGGACGAUAUCUGGUGUCGAUGGGCCUGAUGUAGGUAAUAAUGGUGCACCUCCAACGAAUCAUUUGGAUAUCCAAGUUAAUGGUGGUUCCUUCUCAUAUGGACCUUGGGCACAGAGGCAAUUAGGCUAUAUUCAAGCUCUGUUAAUGCCACCCGUCUCAAAAUCUCAGAAGCCUGUUCAGAAAUUGUCACCGGGUUCAAGAAGAAUCUAUACUAUUUUCAGUAUUUCAAUUGCGAUGUUGGAUGAUGCUACAUGGCGUGUACCAACAAGGGAAUCCAGUAAAGAUGUAGUCUUCUUAGAACACUAUAAAGAGACAAAGGAUGAAUAUAGACCAUUUGGGUGGACAGAUUUAAAGUUUUCCAAAGAUUCUAGCGCUGAAGCAACAUUUGUCCUAAGUCCGACAUCAGAAGGUAUUAAAAAUAAUAUUAAUAUACAUCUUGUUAACAAUGAAAUAAGAUCUAGUGUGAAUCAUGAUAUCUUCCUGAAAUGUCAAUACUUUGAUUUCGGUUUACUUAUGCAUUAUCCUCUGGGUUGGAAUGAGAAAUACAAAUGGAAGGUCGAUAUGUCAUCAGCGCAAUCAGAAAUUUUUCUAUUGAGGGAACAUAUGACAUUGAUUAGUGAUAUUGUUACCGAUUUUACUGCUUCUUCAACAUCAGUCUACGAGCAAUUCAGACCAUCAAUAUUUGAACUGUCGUGGAUUAUGGAUGGUUAUUCAAUAUACUUAAACGUUAAUGACCAUAACAUUAUUAACAACCCUUUAGAUUUUAACGAAAAUUGUUAUUUAUCACUCCAUGGUGAUAAAUUAACUAUUGAUGUGUCUGUUCCAAAUGACAGUAUUACUAAUACGCGUUCUAAAAUCGACUACAAGAUAUAUACACCCAUGUAUCGAUUAUUACUGAACGCACCACCUUGGAACACUCUUAAUGAGUUCAUGAAACAUAAAGAAGUUGGUCGAUCUUAUGAUGUUACUGCAAGUGGUUCCUAUAUACAUUACAUGAGAUUAGGUAUUGAUAAUGUUGAUGAGAUUAUUAUUGAUGUUUUAAGUAAAUCUACCACGCUUCAUUGUUAUGGGUUUGUGAUUCGUUAUAUUAUGAAUGUACAAGAAAAUUAUUUUGGCGAUUUCUCACAUUUUAUUACAUCCGAAGAAUACACCGACAAAUUGAUUUCAUCGAAUACCAGCGAUUUCAUGCCAAACACGGAUAUUGAUAGUGGUUCAUUUUCAGCAAUGGAAACGAAUAUUAAAAAGAAUACUAGUCUUAAUCCUAUCCCUCGAAAUACAGAUAUUUCACCUUCUAAACUUAAAAGAACGGAGAAUGAGUCAGAAGUAUGGUUUACCUUUUCCGUAAUUGAGGGUGCAUUGAUUCUUCCAGAAACAAACUAUAAUGCCGAUCCUUGUAUUGGUCUGCAUUUUAGUGAGCUUGUGGUUGAUUUAAGAAACAAUAACUACUAUAUGGAUAUUCUAGCAACAAUAGAUAAUAUCAAUUUGAGAAGAUUUAUAGGUAAACAGUCAAACGAUAUUUAUGAGUGUGUUCGAAAGAAUAAUGGUACAAAUUAUCCCAGUUUUGGUACUUUAUCUGGGCUAUCCAUUUGUGGUCAUAGAAUGUAUGGUCUUCCUCCUGAAGAACACACCUACUUUUGUAAGUGGGGUAUAGAUAUUGGGGACAUUAAUAUUAAUUCUACUCUAGAAGUAGUUAAAGGACUAGGUCUUGCCAUUCAGAAAAUUAAAUUUGGUCACGAUGACUUAGAAAAUAUUUUACUGUAUCCAAAGGAUAUAAUUGACGACAUGACAUCGGUAACUCUUAAUGUUAGUUCUGUUGAAAUUGUUUUGAAUACACCGGAACCAAAGUCAUUUUUAUCGUUUAGAUUAAAUGACCUAAGUGUCAGUUCGAUUGAUUUUAUGAACGAUAGGUAUUCUAGCAGACAGGAUAUUACGUUACCAAAUCUGAAAGUUUCUUUGUACGCCUUUACGACAGAAAAUGAGAUUGUAUGUUUUUUUAAUUUUGAAACAAAACUGAACUUCAGUAACUUUUCAAAGACCAAAGAUUUCAGUGAAAAAACGCUCAAACAACGUAGUUAUAUGACCGUGAGUGAUUCUGCAUACCACAGAGUAUCGUUUUUAUUACCAGAAGAAUAUCAGAAUCUAGCUGUUUAUAACGACCAAUUUGGUGAUAUCGUUCCAUCAUCCUCCCUACCCUCACUGGCUUUACCUGUUUUACCAGAGACGAUCGAUAUUAUUAUUGAAGAAUUUUUAGGAGAAUAUUCCUCACUAUUGGAAGUUUUGUCGCCUGUUAAAAGUGAUUUUGAGAACCAGAUAUCAGAUGCAGGUUAUCUCACAAAAACGUCAACGAAACAAUCAGAUUUUACUAUGAUGAAGCAUGUAAAUAUGGCUUCCCUAAAUGAUAAUAAUAUGGCUAAAGUUGAUGAGAUGAAUAUUGAUCAAUCUGACUUAGUUUUUGAUAUUAACUAUAUUUCCAUGGAAUUAAACCCUAAUGUUGGAAAAUAUUUACAGCAAUUUUUGAAGGACUUCUAUACUGAGUCUAUAAUCGGUGUAUUGGAUGGUAUAGAAAUUGGUAUUGUUAAUAACUUAGGUAAACUUAAUGAAGGUAAUUCUGUUAUUACGAAUGUUAAAUUGAGAGUUUUAUAUUUUGAUAUAUUUUGGGGUAUUAGAGAAGAGAGUGGUAUAGAAUUAUUCCUUGACAAAAUAGAUUUUGAGAUGUCGGAGAGAGAAAUCGAAGAAAAUAGAGAGAAAAGGGUCAAGGAUCUGACACUGCUAAUGAAAUCUAAAUCUGUUAGAAUAACAAUUAAUGAACAGGAUACGAAAGGACAAGAUGAAGAACGACCCCCAGCCCUAUCUCUUGUCAUAGAGGGUGCAGAGGCAUGGUCCACAACGACAGAUGAUCAAACAAACUCUGUUAAAAUUAUGUCAACUGAUUUUACUGUGGACGAAUCACAAAUUGAAUGGUUGUUCGAGUUUUUCAGUACACAAGAUAAGUUUAUUAAGGAGGUCUCAGAGACAUUCAACAAUAUUCAGACAUUAAGAACUGGGUCUCGUAAAUCACUAAUAUCUAAACUGACGGCUGCAAGUGAACAUUACCAGAUUAGUCAUGACUCUUACGUUAUUACCAAGCCUGCAUUCAUAAUGCGAUUAUCUCGUGGACACAUUAGAGAAAAUCGUAGUUGGAAAAUUAUUACCCGUUUACGCCAUAUUUUGACUUAUUUGCCGGAUAAUUGGGAUCAAACUAUUGACUCUUCAUUCAAAGAUAAAAAGGUUAAUACAUUAAAGGAUGCUAAGGAGAUUUUUAUGAAUGUGUUUUCGAAUUGGAGAAACUGGGAAUUCUCAGAUGUUGCAAGAUCCUACAUAUAUAACAAAUUAUUUUUGGAAGGGCAAACUAAGCAAGAUGAGAACUCAUUACGGAGGGUUGUGAAAGCAAGUAUAACAUCCUUUUUUAUUACUGUUUAUACAAAAGGUUAUGAAGUUGAUCACAAUUUUGUUGUGACAGAUGCAGAUUUUUUGCUGGAACAGACACCACAAUUUUCAGAGCUUGGUAUCAAUCGUGAAAAAUUCAUUAAUGUAACGGCUAAGAUAGGGACUAUUAAGGGAAAAUUCAGUGAUAAAUUAAUUAAAAUGCAAGAAUUACUUCCAGUACUUAGGAGUGAAGAUGAAAAUAGACUAAAACGAGUGAGUACGCUUUCAAAAACAUUCAAACUGAAUGUUGCGAUGCUUUUUGGUCAUAGUGAAUUACAACUGGUGGUUGGAAAGACCAAUUUAGUCAAUACAAUCAAUGGAGGAACCGUAAGCAUGCUAUGGGAGAGCCCAAAGGAAUAUACAUCACAAGCGGGCUCUAUAAUUUUAUUUUCAGAAACUUCGGAACUGUGGUUAAAGCAUAGAGGUGUGGUUCUAGCUGAAGGUCAAUUUCACGAUUUGUCCGUGUCCGGUACAGCAGAAUCUUGGUCAAAUCAACCAACAUUUGUCAUUAAUGCUCAAUGUAGCGAUUUACAUUUAAGAGCAAUGGCUAAUACUGAUGUGUUAGUUAACUCAAUAGGUGAGAUAGAAGAAACAAUCCAGCAAAUAAAGAGAACUUGGAAGCCUUCGAAGAAGACCAUUAAUAGUUCAUAUCUCAAUGACCACAAGAUAAACGCAGAGGUUCUCUUCUUUUUAUCCAAUGUUAGUGUUGAAAUUAUGCCACUGUCACCUUUUCAAUGCCGUAGUGAGAUUAGAAAAGUAGAAAUUAUAUUCAAAAAGUACGACACUCAAGAUAUUAUCCUUAAUGUUUGGGAUACUGAUAUUUAUGUAAGCUCCAAUUUCACAAAACAACAAUAUUUCAGAAUAUCAUUAGGUGAUUUACAAUUAAAAUAUGACAUUAAUAAUGAACAAAGUACAAGUUUUAAUAUCGGUUUGUCAGCUUCGAUUGCGAAAUUAACUUUCUCAGAACCUCACAGAAUGAUAUCAAGUUUCCUUCAAGACGAACGUAUUGCAUCUCAGAGUUUUGCGCAAUUUGAAAAGUUAAUCCCAAUCUUUCAGAGGUUGGCAGUUGGCAAAGACUAUUCUUCUGAAAAUAAGAAAAGGUGCAUAUUCGAAACCGAUAUCACAUACCUUGGUAUUUUGAUUCCAAUAUCUACCACAUUCUUUGUUUUAGAAUUUCAUUCAUUGCUAGGUUCAUAUGCAGAUCUUGAUGACAUAAAAGGCGAAAACGAUGAUGAAGUCUCAGGACAGUUGUCAGCUGAAAAUAUAUUAUUUUUGAUUAAAGAUCGUGACGUCCCUUCAGGAUUAUCGAAGAUUUUAGAUUUAUCACUGAAAUUUUCAACCACUCAAAAGGCAGCAGAUUCUGAUAAAUCGUUCGAAUUGGAGAGUAACCAUUUCAGAGUCUGUUUCUCUCCAUUUUCAUUUGUUCGUUUAAUUUGGGGUAACCAUCAGUUACUUACUUUAUAUGAAUAUUAUAGAGAGAAUAGAAUUCAAAAUUUAUGGAAUUACAAGACACUCGAUGAUAUCAUAAAGAAGGAUGAUACCGGAACUUCCGAAUCACCUUUGAAGUUAUCAUCAAUCCAUAUUUUAUCGUACAAUUUCUGCGUUGGAUGGAUCUUCCAAGAUCGGAGUGGUAAAGAACCGGGUGUUAUGUUAGGGUUUAGUAGGCUAUUUUCUGCCUAUGAAAAGGGGUUCGGUAAGUUGACUCUGAUAGAAGCAUUUCUCUCAGUGGCUAAUGGGAAUACAUCAUCAACGUUUUAUUCUCAAGGUAAUGAAAAGGAUCGUAUAAACAGAAGUUAUUUACCCAAUAUGCAGAUUUCAUAUUGGUUCGAAAAAAUAGAUGAAUUAAGAGAUGUUUAUGUUAGAUUCCGUGGUGAGGCGCUUGAUGUCAAUUUUUUGCCAUUGGUUAUUGAAGUUAUCGAGUCAUGUGUAAAAUCUCUAGAACUUUUCCAACAUCUGAAACAUAGUUUAAUUAAGAUGCAACCACCAAAAAACAAAAAGAAAAAUAGCAACCGUAAGCCAAUGGAUCCAACAAAAACUUUUGCUCCUCUAUUUUCCGGUAUAAGAUCAAUAAACUGUCAAUUUCAAUAUGAUGGUGGUGUAUUCAAGGUCUAUUCAAUUCACGAUUAUGAAUCCAAGUUAGAUCCGUCUUUUGAGGUUAAGAGUCCUGGUGUACAGAUCUAUUUAAACUAUAAGCAUGAUCCAGACAGUAAAAAACCGCAUUGGAUAAGAGGAUUGGUUAAUAUUGAAAGUACUUACAAUCUACUUUACGCCAAAUGUGCACCACUUAUUGCAGCAUUUAUAGUACAAUUGCAAAACAUUGUUACAAGAUAUAAUGAGAAUGAGAAACGUGAGAUGAAGAAGCCGGUUAUCAAACCUGCAACUACAAAUUCUGGUAUCGACUACAAGCGGUUAUUGGAUCCCUUCGAUAUGGCAUUUAAAAUUACAUCGGCAGAACAAAAAUUAAGUUUAAGUUGUGAGCCUAAAGCCAAAGUCCAAUCUGAUAUUGGUUUUGGUUCUUUUACAUUCGACAUCACUACUAACGAGAAAGAAGAUUCUGAUCCAUUUAAUAUAUCCUUGGUAGUUGAAAACACAGAGGCCUCCAUUAAGCAUGUCUUUUCUAGAGAGGCAAGCACAUCUUUUAACAUAGACCUAAUUAAUUUUACAAUGAUAUUCACACAUCCUGACGUUAUUAAUAUAUUUGGUUUAGGUCUAAUUUCUGAUGUGAAUGUAUAUUUCAAUAUGAAACAACUCCAGAAUCUCUAUUUGUUUUUAGAUAUUUGGAUGUUAAGCAGUCUUCUGAAGAGCAAACCAAUCCAAAGUAUAUCAAGGGAGAGCAGUCAUCUUUCAAUUCCAAAGGUAGCCAGUAUUAAUAUUGAUACGCCAUGGUCAUUCACAUUGAUUUUUACAAAUAUAAAUGGAGAUGUGGAUCUAGGUUCAUCUUUAGGUCUGAUUUCUCUGAAACUGAAGAGGACAUGGGUAGCAUCAGAUCAUUAUCAAGACAAGAGACAAUUACUUUACACAUUUAUUGAUGACAUUCGCCUAUUAUCAAAGGGUAGAUUGAGUGGUGUUUUGGAGGUUAUCGGUGCUUCCUCGAUUAUUGAGGUUAACUGGCCACAUGAAUCAUUUGGACACAAGUAUCCACUUGUGUCUCUAUCCGCCAAUAUCGAUAAUAUUUCUGUGAAAGCUGCUUUUGAUUAUCACAUGUUCCUUAUUGGAACUAUAUUUAAUACAAAAUUCCAUCUGCAUAGUGAAAUGGAUAUUAACAACAUAAUGCCGGAUCUGCUAAAGGUACGUGUUACAUGUGAAUCUAUUAAUAUCUGUUCAACAGCAUUGGUAGCAGCCAACAUCGUCGAUUUGUACAAUACUAUAAUGCGUAUGAGACAAGAUAACAAAAUUUCGUACUUGGAAACAUUAAGGGAAUCUAAUUCCUCUGAAACAAGAACUCAAGACACAUACAGUGACGUUAUUAGAUCGUUAAAUCUGUUACAGACUGAUGUUUCUGUGGAUAUUUCCACGCUGAACAUACAAAUAUCUCCUAUAUCCUUAUAUGAUAUUGAAGUAUUAGUAAUUAAUAUUGGUAAAUUAUCUGCAAGUUCAGGGACCCACUCCGGUCCAAAAGUCAAAACCGACCUUAGCUUACUUAUUCGCGAUGCUUAUGUGGCAUUGUCUACAUCAAAGAAGGAAAUGGAUGAAGAAACGGUGUCAAAGAUCUCAGUUGAACAAUACAUGGAAUAUGCAUCACAUAUUACAGGAGGCACAAUUGUUGAAAUGCCUAUGGUAGAUAUCAGCAUGACAACAUGGCAAGAAGGAGAUAGUAAUGUUUUGGAAUUUAUCUAUGACUGUACUUUCGGUGAAAAAGUUGGUGUUAAGUGGAAUCUAGGUCCUGUGAAUUUCAUUAAGGAAAUGUGGGCCACACAUGUGAGAGCUAUGGCAGUGCGUCACUCCCAAAAUGUAGCAGAUAUUGCUCUUGAUAAUGAGGAAGAUGUCGAAAGGAGAUUAAAAGAAGAAGAAAGUACCUCUAGAUUUAUAUAUGUUCCGCUCCGUGAUCCAAAGAUCGAUAUGCCUCAGAUUAAAGAUUUAGGUGAUGCCACCCCACCAUUAGAAUGGUUUGGUGUUAAUAGAAAGAGAUUACCCAUGUUUACACACUUAACAGUAAUAAAACCUGUACAACAGAUCGUUCACACUGCCGAACAGCAAUAUGCCAGUAUUAUUGGGCAUUCUCAAUAG